AAGAAAAUUUCAAUAAUGAAGAUUUAGAAUUUGAUUCUAAAAAUCAACAUAUAUAUUGUCUUGCUCAUAUUAUAAAUCUAUCCGUUCAAGAAAUUUUAAAAUCUUUUUAUAAUAAUAAUAAUAAUGAUGAAAGUGAUAAUUCAGAUGAAGAUAAUGAUAAUGAAAUAACAAAUAUUAAUAAUUUAGGAGCACUUGGAAAAUUAAAAAAAAUAAUAAUUAAAAUUCGUAAAUCUCCACAAAAACGUGAACGUUUUAAACGACAAUGUUUUAUUUUAAAUAUUAAACAAUUAGAAUUAAUUGUUGAUGUAAAAACACGUUGGAAUUCAACAUAUGAUAUGUUAGAAAGAGCAUUAAAUUUACAACAACCAUUAGAUGAAUUAGUAUCAACAGAUAGAAGUCUUUCAAAAUAUUCAUUAACAAAUACAGAAUGGAAUAAAUUAAAACAAAUAAAAAAUUUAUUAGAAUGUUUUAAAGAAGCUACUCUUGAAAUAAGUGCAUCAAAUUAUCCAACACUUAGUUAUUCAAUUCCUAUUUAUAAUUAUUUAUUAAAUAUGAUUGAAAAAUUUUUAAAUGAAAAUUCUUAUUCUAAUGAUAUUAUUUCUGCUAUUGAAAAAGCUAAAAAUAAAUUAAAUAAAUAUUUUCCAACAACUAAUGGACUUGUUUAUAUUAUUUCUACAAAUAUAUUAACAUAUUGGAAGCUUCAUGAAGUAGAUUAUCCAAAUUUAUCAAAAAUAGCUAAAGAUUAUUUAGCAAUUCCUGGAACAAGUGUUCCUGUUGAAUGUAUUUUUUCAAGUAGUGCUAAUUUAAUUUCUGCUAAAAGAUAUAGCUUAAAUCCUGAUACAAUUAAAAUUUGUCAAAACUACACUAGAAACAAUAAUUAA